AGACCAAGAGCAGAGAAGAGACAGAAGAGACAGCAAGCAUUUGAUUGACUGAGGUUGACGACCAAUCACAGCAUGGGCUCCUUCACUACCAUCUCCAUCAGCAUUCUCCUCCUUUUGACUUUGCAGCUUCAAGGUCGAACCAAAGCCAAUCCUGUGUCCAAUAAUGACCUGGCGGAUUUCAAGAAUUUGUUGGACCGCCUGGAGGACAAGAUACCUUUAGAAGAGGAGGUCAUGGCCUCACAAGGACUUAAUGAGCAGAAUGAAGAGGCUGGGGAAGCACUUAGCCCCCUCUCUUCCUGGAGUGGGGAAGUCAGCCCAGCCCAGCGGGAGGGAGCCUUCAACCGGGGCACUUGGGAGCAAUCUGAGAGAUCUGCCCUCCUGAAGAAUAAGCUUCGGGCACUCUUGACUUCCCCUCGUAGUCUGAGGAGGUCCUCCAGCUGCUUUGGGGGCAGGAUUGAUAGAAUAGGAGCCCAAAGUGGACUUGGCUGCAACAGUUUUAGGUUCUGAAGAUGAUAUACAAAGAGGAGAACGUGCGCUGGACCCAGACAGACCCACAGAAGCUUCAAAUCCUUUGGGACUUAGGCUUUAUUUUGUCCAUUUGUUGUCAGCAAAUUGGGCUUUGAAUGCACUCCUGGUUCAAGCUACUGCUUUCUUUUGCCGUUUCACAGAUAUAAUUUUGAAUGUAGACAAAAUGGCUUUUGCCCAUAAAUUAAAUCUGAGUUUAAAUUUUAAGCAGUUCAAGGACGAAUAAACUUCAGCACC